ACGUGGAACGCCUGCCAAAAAAAAAAAUCGGAGUAGCGCCAAAUUUUAGCUCGGCAAGAAAGGGUCCCGAACAAAACUGCCCCUAAAAUACCCCCGCCUCUUGCUCCCCCACUCACCGUGACACCGUGGAAGCCGCGAUUGGCCAAGAAGAGUACUCCACCACAUCAGAGCUCACACCGCGGCCUCCUGCCAUCCAUGGCCAUCCUGAACCACGGCGACACCACCGCAGCGAGCGGCACCAGCCCGGCAGCCGCCGCCGUUAACGUUGCACCUCCCAUGCAUUCGCUUGUUCAGCCGGUGCUAGACGCCGACGAGUUCCGCAGGCAGGGGCGCUUGGUCGUCGACUUCAUCGCGGACUACUACACGCGCAUCGACGAGUACCCCGUGCGUCCAGCCGUCGCUCCGGGGUUCCUGGCCCGGCAGCUCCCCGAGGCGGCGCCGGCGCGGCCGGAGCCCGGCGGCGACGCGCUCGCCGCGGCGCUCCGCGACGUCCGCGACCUCAUCCUGCCCGGCGUCACGCACUGGCAGAGCCCCCGCCACUUCGCGCACUUCGCGACCACGGGCAGCAACGUGGGUGCCCUCGGCGAAGCCCUCGCCGCGGGGCUCAACAUCAACCCCUUCACGUGGGCGGCCUCGCCGGCCGCCACCGAGCUCGAGGUCGUCGUCACCGACUGGCUCGGCAAGGCGCUGCACCUCCCGGAGAGGCUGCUGUUCUCAGGAGGCGGCGGGGGCACGCUGCUGGGCACGUCCUGCGAGGCCAUGCUCUGCACCCUCGUCGCCGCGAGGGACCGGAAGCUCGCCGAGAUAGGCGAGGAGCGGAUGGGCGACCUCGUCGUCUACUGCUCUGACCAGACCCACUUCUCCUUCCGGAAGGCCGCGCGCAUCGCCGGCAUCCGCCGCGGAAACUGCCGCGAGAUACCAACGUCCAGGGAGAGCGGCUUCGCACUCCAGCCCAGGACGCUCCUCGCCGCCGUGCGCGCUGACGAGGCGGCGGGCAGGGUCCCGAUGUUCCUGUGCGCCACGGUGGGGACCACCCCGACGGCGGCGGUCGACCCUCUCCGCGAGCUGUGCGCUGCCGUGGCCGGGCGCGGCGUGUGGGUGCACGUGGACGCGGCCUACGCCGGCGCCGCGUGCGUGUGCCCGGAGUUCCGCGGCGCCACCGCGGGCGCCGAGGCCGUGGACUCGUUCAGCACCAACCCGCACAAGUGGCUGCUGGCCAACAUGGACUGCUGCGCGCUGUGGGUGCGGCGGCCCGAGGCGCUGACGGCCGCGCUUGGCACCGACCACGACGUGAUCCUCAAGGACCCGUCGUCGGAGCGGGGCGGCGGCGUGGUGGACUACAAGGACUGGCAGGUCGCGCUGAGCCGCCGGUUCCGCGCUCUCAAGCUCUGGCUCGUGCUCCGGUGCCACGGCGUCGAGGGCCUGCGCGGCUUGGUGCGCGCCGACGCGCGGUUCGAGGUGCCCGUGCCGAGGCAGUUCGCGCUGGUGUGCUUCCGGCUGCGCGCCGCCGCCGCCGCCGCCGUCGGGGAGAAGCGCGGCCGUGACCGUGAUAACGACGCGGAGCCCAACGAGCUCAACAGGAGGCUCCUCGAGGCGGUGAACGCGACGGGGCGGGCGUACAUGAGCUCCGCCGUGGUCGGCGGCAUCUACGUGCUGCGCUGCGCCAUCGGCAACUCGCUCACCGAGGAGCGGCACGUCCGGGAGGCGUGGCGCGUGGUGCAGGAGCAAGCCACCGCUGUCUUGGCUGCCGCGGCGUGCACGGAGGAACGUGCGGUGCGCAGCGCCCGUUAAGCCGAUGCUCCGGCUGCUGUUCCUCCUGUGCAGAAUGAGGUUUACCCCAUUCGGUCUUGAGGCGACUCUUGUCAUUGUGGCUUGCAAGAUGCAAGGCCUUGUUUGGAAGUUAUUAAUUGUUUAUUUUGAAGUGUCGAAGUUAAUUGUUUAUGAUGCCAUAGUUGGUUCGCAUGGUAAGUAAAUGGCAUUGUAGGGUAAUUCCUACUAGAGAAACUGCAAUCUCCAAAAUAAAAUUUCUUUAGGUGGGCCCAUAA